GAGCCGUCGAGCCGUCAUCCCUUUUGUACCAGAUAAAGAGUAGGACUACAUCCAUUCAAAAAAAAAAAAAGGAGUAAGAGUAUAUAUGGCUCUUCGUUGUAUGCUUGGAAAGCUGGGGAACAAUAAUAAAUUUCUCCACAAUAAAGGAAGAGUUACGAUGCUCGGUACCUUUGAAGUUUUCAAACACAAAAACAAGGAAUUGCUUUCAAUGGCUUUCCCUACUCAUUCCUCUCCUCACCAUUUUGGGGACCUUGAAAAUCGUGCCUCCAUACCAAUGGCUACUAGGAGAGAGGUUUUGGAUUAUCAUACAGAAGUAGGAGGACUAAGACCUGCCCGUUUCGCAUUGGAAGAGUUCAACAAGAUAAAGAAAGCCCAACUACAGCUUGUGAGAGUGGUGGGACUCUGGAUGAAGCCACAGGGUUAUCCUCAUGAUCCUUGUCAUUGUUUAUAUGUUGUAGUAAUGGAGGCGGUUGAUGCCGAUGGUGUGGCACUACUUUACCAAGCACGUGUUCAGCUCCAUGAUUUAACUGAGGGCGGCAUGUUUUUGGAAGCAGUCUAUGGCUUUUAUGAUAAUUAUGGCCUAAUAAGAUAUAUUAGACUAUAUCAUCACCUAGACAACUUCUAUAACUCUAUGUUUCCUGAGAGUGCAACGGAAUGGUGGUGGUGAUCGAUGAAAAAUGGCAAACCUUGAAAGGACUUUCAAUUACUAUAUGAAAGGCAGCAUAUCAGCUGUGUAGCUCUCAAGGAUUGUGAAUAAUUCAGUUUCCGUGAGUUAAUUUUAUUGUUCAUCAAGUCUGUAGCUA